AUGAGGAGUAGACCAAAAGCCUAUUGUCUUGCUGAUAGCGAUGAGGAGUCUUCAAGUGCUGGCUCUUCAGACGAAGAAGAAGCACAAGAUGUGCUGGGAGGCGACAAGGCACCAGCAGCAGUGGCAGAAGGAUAUAUGGGAGGACAUCGACCAAGCAAGAUAAUGAGACUUGUGGAUAAAAUUACAAAGUCAAAGUAUUUCCAGAAAGCCACAGAAACAGAAUUUAUUAAGAAGAAAAUUGAAGAGGUUUCAAAUACACCAUUACUGUUAACAGUAGAGGUUCAGGAGUGCAAAGGAACAUUGGCUGUGAACAUUCCACCACCACCUACUGACAGAAUAUGGUAUGGUUUCCGUACGCCACCACACUUAGAGUUAAAAGCUCGUCCCAAAUUGGGCGAGCGUGAAGUCACUAUUGCACAUGUAACUGACUGGAUUGAAAAGAAACUGGAACAGGAGUUCCAGGUAAGAAACUAAUUGAGCUUAUCUGAAUUUUGCUGUCAAUCCAUGUUUCUGACCAUUCAUUUUCUAUCCUGUAUUCUCCCCAGUUAUGGAAUUAAAAAUGACAGCGAAUGAAGCUAUUUGUUUCACUGAGUCCAUGCCAGCCCUUCAGAGCCAGUCAGUUGGUCUCAAUCCCCUGUUCUUAUCUCUGUAGCCUGCAAAUGUAUUUCCUUCAAGUAUCCAUCCACCAACCUCAGAAGGCAGGAACUUCCAAGUCAUUAUCACUCAUUUCCUUAAAACAAAAAGUUCUUGCUCAUAUUCUGCACCCCUUGGCAUCUCUUGCCCAAAUAAUAUAUUUAUUUCCCUUGGUUCCUGUCCUGUCAACUUGUGGGAACAGAUUUUCUUUGGCUACUUUACCCAAACACACUCAUUAUCGUGUACGCAUCAAUCAAAUCUCCCCUCAAAUUGCUCUUUACUCCAUGAAGAACAGCUUUGUAGCUGAUGAUAAAGUGUGGAAUUGGAGAAACACAGCAGGCCUGGCAACAUCAGAGAAGCAGAAAGUUGACAUUUCGGAAUGGGACCCUUCUU